AUGGCCAAUGAAGAAGUACUAUCUUGCAUAUUUGCUUUGCUUGUUAAGCCUUAUCAUAAUACAAAAGAAUUAGUUGAUUCUUAUUUUCCUGAAUUAAAUAAUCUUCAAAAUGAGUUAGAAAAGUUUAUAAUUUGUGAAAAAUACUACAAUCAAAUUGUAGCUAAGGAUAAUUAUUUAAAUUACUUAAAGAAUGAAUUAUCAGAUUAUCCUCAGAAAAGAAGUCAUAAUUUUAAAUUUUUAUCAAAUAAUAACUCUAUUUUAAAUGAAGCUCAAAUAGAGUUACCAACAAAGGUUGAUAUUGGAAUUCAAGUAACAAUAGAUAGCGAUUAUAACCUUUCAGCUCAAGUAGAUGCAUUAAAGAAUUCUUUAUCUAAUCUUGUAACUAACCAUGUGGAGCAAUUACAAGCUAUUCAAAUUAAAAAUAAUAAAAUUUAUAAACUAGAAUAUGAAUGUGAAUCUCUUAAAAAACAAAUUGCUAAUCUUAGCAUUAAGUUAGAAGAGUUAAAUUCCAAUGAAAAUUCAGAACCGCAGACUCAGCCUGAUUCUCAUGUAGAACAACAACGCUUUCGUAUAUAUUUGAGGAAGAAACAGUUUUUAAACCCUGAAAAAAUUAAUAAGACAAUGACUAAUUUAGAUGGUGAUAUUAACUUAAGUGAUGAAAUAAAAUCGUUUAGUAUGCUUGCACAAGAAAAAAGACAAAUAUUUAUUAGAAAUACCUUACUGCAGCAAACGAGUACUGAUAUUUGGCAUCCAAUUCCAGUAACAGAGCAAGAAGCUGAUGCAUUGAGUAAUGAAAAUACAAUGAGAAAGGAAGAACUCUUUGCAAUUUUUAAUUCAGUGCUUGUUUUACUUCCUGAGUCACAACAUACAAAAUACACUAAUCUAAAAAAUAAAACAAAAGUUAUGCUCCUAACAAUUUUACAGGAAAUACAAGAUUUAAAUAAUGCUGAAGAAAUUGUAGAUGAUGAAAAUAUAAUUA